AUGGUUGAGGCAUAUUUGGAAUCAUCUACAACUAUUGAGGCAUAUUUGGGAUCUUCUCCAACUUUUGAGGCAUAUUUGUAUUCUUCUCAAACUGUUGAGGCAUAUUUGGCAUAUCCAUCUGUUGAGGCAUAUUUGGAAUCAUCUCAAACCGAUGAGGCAUAUUUCGAAUCAUCUCCAACAAUUGAGGAAUAUUUGGAAUCAUCUCCAACUGUUGAGGCGAAUUUGGAAUCAUCUCCAAUAGUUGAGGCAUAUUUGGAAUCAUCUCCAACUGUUGAGGCGAAUUUAGAAUCACCUUCAACUACACAUUUGGAAUCAUCUCCAACUUUUGAGUUAAAUUUGGAAUCAUCUUCAACAGUUGAGGCAUGUUUGAAAUCAUCUUCAACUAUUGAGACACAUUUGGAAUCAUCUCCAUUUGUUGAGACACAUUUGGAAUCAUCUCCAACUGUUGAGGCAUAUUCUGAAUCAUCUCCAAUUGUUGAGGCAUAUUUGGAAUCAUCUCAAACUAUUGAGGUAUAUUUGGAAUCAUCUCCAACUAUUGAGGCAAAUUUUGAAUCAUCUCCAACACUUGAGGCAUGUUUGGAAUCAUCUCCAACUGUUGAUACAUAUUUGGAAUCAUCUCCAACUGUUGAGGCAUAUUUAAAAUCAUCUCGAGUUGUUGAGAAAUAUUUGGAUUCUUCUCCAUCUGUUGAGGGAUAUUUGGAAUCAUCUCAAACUGUUGAGGCAAAUUUGGAAUCAUCUUUAACAGUUAAGGUAUAUUUGGAAUCAUCUCCAACUAUUGAGACACAAUUAGAAUCAUCUCCAACUGUUGAGACACAUUUAGAAUCAUCUCUAACUAUUGAGGUAUAUUUUGAAUCAUCUCCAAAUAUUGAAGCAUAUUUGGAUUCUCCUUCAAAAAUUGAGGCAUAUUUCGAAUCAUCUUCAACUGUGGAGACACAUUUGGAAUCAUCUCCAACUGUUGAGGGAAAUUUAGAAUUAUCUUUAACAGUUGAGGCAUGUUUGAAAUCAUCUCCAACUAUUGAGACACAUUUCGAAUCAUCUCCAACUGUAAAGACACAUUUGGAAUCAUCUCCAACUAUUGAGGUAUAUUUUGAAUCAUCUCCAAAUCUAGAAGAAUAUUUGGAUUCUCCUUCAACUGUUGAGACAUAUUUGGAAUCUUCUCGAACAUUUAAGUCAUAUUUUUAUAAUUCUCUAAAUUCUGAGGCAUAUUCUGAAUCAUCUCUAAUUGUUAAGGCAUAUUUGGAAUCAUCUCAAAUUGUUGAGGUAUAUUUGGAAUCAUCUCCAACUAUUGAGGCGAAUUUGGAAUCAUCGCCAACUCUUGAGGCAUGUUUGGAAUCAUCUCAACCUGUUGAGACAUAUUUGGAAUCAUCUCCAACUGUUGAGGCAUAUUUGGAAUCAUCUCAAGUUGUUGAGGAAUAUUUGGAUUCUUCUCCAUCUGUUGAGGCAUAUUUGGAAUCAUCUCAAAAUGUUGAGGGAAAUUUGGAAUCAUCUUUAAUAGUUGAGGCAUAUUUGAAAUCAUCUCCAACUGUAGAGACACAUUUGGAAUCAUCUCCAACUGUUGAGGGAAAUUUGGAAUCAUCUUCAACAGUUAAGGCAUAUUUGAGAUCAUUUCCAACUAUUGAGACACAAAUGGAAUCAUCUCCAACUGUUGAGACACAUUUAGAAUCAUCUCCAACUGGUGAGAUAUAUUUUGAAUCAUCUCCAAAUCUUGAAGCAUAUUUGGAUUCUCCUUCAACUGUUGAGACAUAUUUGGAAUCUUGUCCAACAUUUAAGUCAUAUUUGGAAAAUUCUCCAAAUUCUAAGGCAUAUAUUGAAUCAUCUCCAAUUGUUCAGGUGAAUUUGGAAUCAUCUCCAACUGUUGAGGAAUUUUUGGAAUCAUCUCAAACUUUUGAGUCAUAUUUGGAAUCCUCUCCAACUGUUGAGGCAUAUUUGGAAUCAUCUCCAACUGUUGAGGAAUAUUUGGAAUCAUCUCGAACUGUUGAGGAAAAUUUGGAGUCAUCUCUAACAGUUGAGGCAUAUUUAAAAUCAUCUGCAAUUGUUGAGGAGAAUUUGGAAUCAUCUCCAAUAGAUCAGACACAUUCGGAAUCAUCUCCAACUAUUGAGGUAUAUUUUGAAUCAUCUCCAAAUCUUGAAGCAUAUUUGGAUUCUCCUUCAACUUCUGAGACAUAUUUGGAUUCUUCUCCAACAUUUGAGUCAUAUUUGGAUAAUUCUCCAAAUUCUGAGGCAUAUUCUGAAUCAUAUCCACUUGUUGAGGCAUAUUUGGAAUCAGCUCCAACUAUUGAGGCAUAUUAUGAAUCAUGUCCAAUUAUUGAGGUAUAUUUGGAAUCAUAUCAAACUGUUGAGGUAUAUUCGGAAUCAUCUCCAAUAGUUGAGGCGAAUUUGGAAUCAUCUCCAAAAGUUGAGGCAUGUUUGGAAUCAUCUCCAUCUGUUGAGACAUAUUUAAAAUCACCUCCAAUUGUUGAGGCAUAUUUGGAAUCAUCUCAAGUUUUUGAGGAAUUUUUGAAUUCUUCUCCAUCUGUUGAGGCAUAUUUGGAAUCAUCUCAAACUGUUGAGGCAUAUUUUGAAACAUCUCCAACUGUUGAGGCAUAUUUGGAAUCAUCUCCAACUGUUGAGGAAUAUUUAGAAUCAUCUCCAACUAUUGAGGAAAAUUUGGAUUCAUCUCCACCAGUUGAGGCAUAUUUGAAAUCAUCUACAAUUGUUGAGGCGAAUUUGGAAUCAUCUCCAAUAGUUCAGGCAUGUUUGGAAUCAUCUCCAACUGUUGAGACAUAUUUGAAAUCGUCUCCAACUAUUGAGGCAUAUUUGGAAUCAUGUCAAGUUGUUGAGGAAUAUUUGGAUUCUUCUCCAUCUGUUGAGGCAUAUUUGAAAUCAUAUCAAACUUUUAAGGCAAAUUUGGAAUCAUCUCCAACAGUUGAGGCAUAUUUGGAAUCAUCUCCAACUGUUGAGGCAUAUUUGAAAUCAUCUCAAACUAUUGAGACACAUUUGGAAUCAUCUCCAACUGUUGAGACACAUUUGGAAUCAUCUCCAACUUUUGAGGUAUAUUUUGAAUCAUCUCGAAGUCUUGAAGCAUAUUUGGAUUCUCCUUCAACUGUUGAAACAUAUUUGGAAUCUUCUCCAACAUUUGAGUCAUAUUUGGAUAAUUCUCCAAAUUCUGAGGCAUAUUCUGAAACAUAUCAACUUGUUGAGGCAUAUUUGGAAUCAGCUCCAACUGCUGAGGCAUAUUAUGAAUCAUCUCCAAUUGUUGAGGUAUAUUUGGAAUCAUAUCAAACUGUUGAGGUAUAUUUGGAAUCAUCUCCAACUGUUGAGGCGAAUUUGGAAUCAUCUCCAACAGUUGAGGCUUGUUUGGAAUCAUCUCCAACUAAUGAGGCAUAUUUGGAAUCAUCUCAAGUUGUUGAGAAAUAUUUGGAUUCUUCUCCAUCUAUUGAGGCAUAUUUGGAAACAUCUCAAACUGUUGAGGCAUAUUUGGAAUCAUCUCAAACUGUUGAGGCAAAUUUGGAAUUAUCUACCACAGUUGAGGCAUAUUUGGUAUCAUCUUUAACUGUUGAGGAAAAUUUUGAAUCAUCUUCAACAGUUGAGGCAUAUUUGAAAUCAUCUCCAACUGUUGAGACACGUUUGGAAUUAUCUCAAGCUAUUGAGCGAAAUUUGGAAUCAUCUUCAACAGUUGAGGCAUAUUUCAAAUCAUCUUCAACUAUUGAGACACAUUUGGAAUCAUAUCCAACUGUUGAGACACAUUUGGAAUCAUCUCCAACUGUUGAGGUAUAUUUUGAAUCAUCUCCAAAUCUUGAAGUAUAUUUGGAUUCUCCUUCAAAUGUUGAGACAUAUUUGGAAUCUUCUUCUAACAUUUGA